UCUCAGAUGUGUUCCUCAGGGCUGAUGUGAACAGUGUAUUAACUAUAAGAUUAAGAUCAAAUCUGAUAUUCUUGCAAAAACUUCUUGGUCUCAGCUGCGGGUUGUUCCAGUCUUCAUGUUGCUGUGGGCAACGCUACUGGUUCUGGCUCCUGCCAGUGGACAAGUUGCAACUGCACCCAAACCUGUGAUCUUCCUUCAUCCUCCAUGGACUCCGGUUUUUCAAGGAGAGACAGUGAAUCUGACUUGCAGUGGAUUUAGCUUUUCUUCACCAGGGAGAAUAAAGUGGUACCAUGGACAUAGAUUAUUAACGGAAACCGAAGGAAACACCCUGGAGGUCAAACAGUUGGGAGAUUACAGAUGCUGGGUUGGCAGCUCGUCUGUGAGUGACCCUGUGCACUUGGAUUUUGUUGCAGCUGCACUGGUCCUGCAAACUCCACUCUUUGUGUUUGAAGGAGACUCUGCGGUUCUGAGGUGCCGGGCAAGGGCACAAACAGAACUAGACAAUAUCAAAAUUUAUAAGGAUGGUGAAUUACUGGCAUUACUUGGUAAAAACACUGAGUUCAACAUUCAUCGAGCAAGUCUGAGGGACAAUGGUGAAUAUCACUGUACUGGAGUUAGGAAAAAUCUUCACUACGGAGCUCGUUCCAAUACGGUCAAAAUCCAAGUCCAAGAGCUGUUUUCAAGUCCUGUGCUGACGGAUAGCCUCUCUCAGUCCAAAGAUGGGACCCAAGUGACCCUGACCUGUAAGACCCAGCUCUCUCCUCAGAAGUCAGAUGUCAUGCUCCAGUUCUGCUUCUUCAGAAAUAACAAGGCCCUGGAGUCAGGCUGCACUAACAACCCAGAACUCCAGAUUUCUGCCAUCUGGCCUGAAUAUUCAGGGAUCUACCAGUGCAAGGCAGGGGCGGUGAUUUCCAGUGUUUGGAAAGAGAGCCGUGUAUCCCAAAUUCGUGUGCAGAGAGCUGUUGCCAAAGUCCGCAUACCCACACACUCAGCCUCAGAGUCUGUCAUUGAAGGGCAGGAGCUGCUGCUCAUCUGCUUAGUAGAAAUGGACCCAAGGUUCAUUAAGUUCUCCUGGUAUAAAAAAAGAAUAUGGAAUAAGGACGAAAAGAUAUUCUCAGAAGCAAAAUACAAGAUCUCUAUAGUGCAAAGCAGCCAUGAAGGGGAAUAUUACUGUAAAGGUGGACAGUUUACCAGCAAGCCAGUGGUCAUCAAAGUGAAAGUCCCAGUGUCCCAGCCAGUUCUCACCCUCAGCACUGGGAAGACCAAAUUUCUGGAGGGAGAGCGAGUGAACUUUCGCUGUGAGGUCAACAGAGGUUCUCCCGAGAUCUUGUACCAGUUUCUUCAUGAAGACGCAAUCCUUUGGAAGACAAAAACCAGUUCAAGUUUGGCCAGGUUCCCUCUGACUGUAGAACACUCUGGGAACUACUACUGCACAGCUAACAAUGGCUUAGGCCCCAAACGCAGUGAGGCCCUGAAGCUCUCAGUCACCGUCCCAGUGUCCCAGCCAGUUCUCACCCUCAGCACUGGGAAGACCAAAUUUCUGGAGGGAGAGCGAGUGAACUUUUGCUGUGAGGUCAACAAAGGUUCUCCCGAGAUCUUGUACCAGUUUCUUCGUGAAAAUGCAAUCCUUUGGACCAUAAAAUCCAGUUCAAGGUUGGCCAUGGUUUCUCUGACUGUAGAACACUCUGGGAACUACUACUGCACAGCUAACAAUGGCUUAGGCCCCAAACGCAGUGAGGCCCUGAAACUCUCAGUCACUGUCCCAGUGUCCCAGCCGGUCCUCACGCUCCGCACUGCUAAAGCCGAGACCAUUGAGGGAGACGUGGUGACACUUCACUGUGAAGCCCAGAGAGGUUCUCUCCCCAUCCUGUACCGGUUCUAUCAUGUGGACGUCUUGCAGGAGCUCAGCUCAGUGCGCGCUGGUACUGAAGCAUCCUACAGCUUCUCUCUGACCGCAGAGCACUCUGGGAACUAUUACUGCACAGCAGACAAUGGCUCUGGCCCCAAGCGCAGUAAGACUGUGAGCCUCUCUGUCACUGUUCCAGUGUCCGUUCCAAUCUUCACUCUCCAUGCGCCCAGAGUCCCGACUGUGGUGGGGGACGUGAUGGAGCUUCACUGUGAGGUCUUGAAAGGCUCUCCCCCAAUCCUAUUCCUGUUUUAUCAAAAGGAUGUAAUCUUGAAAAGCAUCGAAUCGCCCUCCAAAGGAGGAGCAUCAUUUAAAUUCACUCUCACUGAAGAACAUUCUGGAAACUACUUCUGUGAGGCCAGCAAUGGUCAGAAGGUGCAACGCAGUGAUACAGUGACAAUCAAUGUCAAAGUUCCAGUCUCUCGCCCUGUCUUCACCCUCAGGGGCUCCAGGGCCCAGAGUGUGGAGGGGGAUAUGGUGGAGCUUCACUGUGAGGUCCUGCUAGGCUCUCCCCCCAUCCUGUACCAGUUUUACCGUGACAAUGUCAUCCUGAGGAACAGCUCGGCCCCUUCUGGAGGAGGAGCUUCCUUCAAAUUCAUUCUGACCAAGGAACACUCCGGAAACUACUCCUGUGAGGCUUCCAAUGGCCUUGAAGCCCAGCUCAGUGAGGUGAAGACACUCAAAGUCAUAGUUCCAGUGUCCCGCCCUGUCCUCACUCUCAGGGUCCCCAGGGCCCAGGCUGUGGUGGGGGAUGAGAUGGAGCUCCAUUGUGAGGCCCUGAGAGGUUCUCCCCCAAUCCUGUACCGAUUUUAUCAUGAGAAUGUCACCCUGAGGAACGACUCGGCUUUCUCUGGAAAAGGGGUGUCCUUCAACCUCUCCCUGACUGCAGAACAUUCUGGAAACUACUCCUGCGAGGCUGACAAUGGCCUUGGGGCCCAGCAGAGUGAGGUGGUGACACUUUUUAUCACAGGGCUGGCCAAGAACAGAAGAGGUGCUGUAGCUACAGGAGUCACUGGGGCACUACUCAGCAUGGCAGGCCUUGCUGCAGGAGCACUGCUGUUUUACUUCUGGCUCUCAAGAAAAGCAAGAGACAGGUCUGCCUCUCACUGUUCUAGGAGCCCUUCAGAUUCGAACCCCCAAGAGCACACCUACCACAAUGUACCAGGCUGGAUAGAACUGCAACCAGUGUACAUCAAUGUAAAUCCUAGAGGAGGAGACGUGGUUUACUCAGAAGUGCGAAGAAACCAAGAGGAAAAUAAACAUGCAGCAGCCUCCAGAUCCAGGAUCCUCAGGAACGAGGGUGCCUCUGUCAUCUACUCCCAAGUGAAGGCCUGUACCCUGUCCUCCGGCACCCAGCAGUCGGCCACCUGGGCUCCUCACAGAUGAGUUCACAUGACUUCCCAGCUGUGAUCUCACGCCUGCACCCCAAUGCUCCUAGGGGGAGUGGGAGCACUGAGUGGAAGAAUUUAAACUCUCCCACGUCACAUGCAGCAUCCUUCAUGUCAAAUGUUCUGCUGCAUUCCCGCCCAUCUCCUCAGCUACAGCCCUUCAUUAGUGCUGCUUUUUAUUUAUUGAUAAAUUAUUCUCAAAGCAGAGCCUUUCUGUCUCCUGGCUUCCUCAGUGGCACCCACCAUCCCUCUGUCAGAACCGCUCAUCAGCUCCAGCAUGGAGGUUGUCAAUCGCCAUGGCCUGGGAGCUACUGCAGUCCUCUGGCAAACAAGAAACACACCACCCCACCCCAACAACGGACUCCUUACAGGCCUCCCUCCAACAAUAUGGUGUUUGAUACGCUUCUACCUGCCUCAGACUCCAGGGUCAGCACCGCAUACUGGAGUUACUUCUCUCCUGCCUGUAUACCAACAUCUACCCACUCAAUUUUCAGGUAACAGAUGCCACUGGUCCAGGGAAGAUGGGGAGAACCAAAGUCCCUUAGGUCUGGCUCCCUCUGUGUGACUCCAGAGGGGCCAUUCAUGUGGAUCACGUGCUCCUGAGCCAUCCUUUAGCCAGAGAACCCCCAUCUGCUGGGGCCAAGAGAACUUCUCCGCGGCAUCUUGGGUUUGAUCAGCCACUCCAGGCAGAGGAAGGUGGCAGCCACCAUCUUUUUUUUUUUUUUUUUGGUUUUUCUCCGGUACCAGGAA